UGCCUUUCCUCAAUCAUUAUGGUUUGAAUGAAUUGUUUGUAAACGUGGGUAGUGAUUGGCUACCGUUUGCCACGGUUUUGCAAACAUUAAAAUGGUUAAAAAGCCUGUGAAAACUUGUUGACAUUCAAUUAGAACUGUGACUGCAGGAGAUUUUGUAUAUUCGGCGUAGUGGAACUACUGGCAAAAAAUGAACACAGCCCAUCUUCUUUCACUUCUUGUAUUUGCUGUUAUGCUUACCAUGUUGGCAGCAAAACCCAGGUACAGCAUUUACGAACGUGUAGCACGUUUAGAAGACUGGAAACAAAAAAUGGAAGACUCUCCUCCAUUAAAGGGGUUAAACCGUGAGUACGAUGAGAUUUUCAAAAGGAGUUGUGUCAGACUUGGUGGGACAGGCUGCGAAGCUAACGACGACAAAUGUUGUCGCGAGGGUGAUCCGCACUUUGGAAAAAAGAGAAAAUGUGUAAAUGUAGGAAGCUUUAGUGGUCCGUCAUACAAAUGCGUGGAGCCAUAGAUGUGUGCGUCCCUUCAAAACUGCACUUUUAUAUAAUUUUUUUUUGUAUUGGUGUACUAACAAUUGUUAAAAGUACUUCAAGAAUUUACUAGCUUUUUUAUUAAUAAAUGUUUAAAUUUGUUGAA